AUGGCUUCCAGGAUUGCUCUAAUCACUGGCGCAAACUCAGGAAUCGGUUUUGCAAUCGCCAAGGAACUGGCCGCUGCUCCAGAGGGCUUCCAUGUCCUCCUAGCUGGCCGAACUCUCAGCAAAGUCGAGUCAGCCAUAUCUGAGAUUGAGACCUCUGGCCAUGGCGCAAAUGGCCUAACAGCGCUGGAAUUAGACGUCACAAACCAAACCUCCAUUCAAACUGCUGCAUCCGCCGUGAAGCAAAAGUUCGGGCGUCUGGAUGUGCUAAUCAACAAUGCUGGCAUUGAAAACAGAGACACCGAUCUGGUGACCAAGUUUCAUGAGACUUUUGCUACCAACGUGCUUGGUCCUGUCCUUGUUUCUGCUGCUUUCCGCUCCUUGCUCCUUGCUUCACCGGCCCCUUACUCAGUUUAUAUCGGCAGUGUGACAAGUUCACUGACCAGUAUUGUCAACCCGGACUCGUACUUGCGUACCACCACGGCUGGCACCAAUGCAUAUCGGGCUAGCAAGACAGCGCUGAAUAUGAUUGCGAUGCAUGAACAGCUAGAGGUGAAAGAUACGCCUCUCAAAGUUCGUAUCAUGUGCCCCGGUUUCGUGGUGUCCAACUUGCGCGGCACCAGUGAAGAAGCCCGCUCUGGAGGGGGUCGAGCUGGUGAUCCUGCGAGCUCUGCACGGCUUCUCCUCAGUAUUUUGCGAGGGGAGCGUGACGGUGACGCGCAGGGCCUGAUUACCACGAGUGGUGUUUGUCCUUGGUAA